AUGCGUGCAUCCGGAGAGAGUACUUCUCACACCUCAGCAGCAGGUGGUUCGUCGCCUGCUGCUGUGAACAGUCCACACGGUGAGUCACCAAGUGCAACUGGUACAUCCGCUGCAGCGGGUACCGCGAAUCGUAAUCCAGACGAGCCUGAAAUAGAGCUCAUCUAUUCUGGCGAGUUGGAUGAUGUAGCCGACUCGAAGGCGAUACCUCACGCCUCCGGAUUACCCGAGCCGGACACUGCAAGAGCCAGGUUGACUGGUUCUGGUGAACGUGGCGGUAUCAUGACCGAGAUCUUCGGACCGAGCAAUUAUUCGGACGAAUCCUCGCCUCACGCAAGUCCAUCUAACGAUAGGACGCGUGGGGAUGGUGGUGAUGAACCUAUACAUCACCACGAGCGAAGUAACUCGAGGGAUUAA